CCAUCGUGUAUCGUUUCCUCUUGUCUCAACCCAUCAAAGACCAAUGGCUUCCCUAUUAAGGCCUCGACGUCCAAUUCAUCAAGAAGUCCAUCUUCUCAGUCAGCAAAUUCGAAGCUUCUCAUUUACCCAUCGCCAAUGCGGUCAUAAGCAAGCGCUCGCACACGCGCAUGCAAACCUACCAGAAUACCCCUACGGGCCAUCCCGUUGGUACAAGCAGUCCAAUUUCGGAUUGUAUGGCGGUCUCAAAAUCUCCUCUGGCAACAAUGUCUCACCCGAAACGGAGACGAAGACGAGGCGGAAGUGGAGACCAAAUGUGCAGAUGAAACGGCUUUACUCGCACGCCCUGCAACGUUAUGUACGUGUUAAGGUCGCUACCCGUGUGCUACGUACAAUAGACAAGUGUGGCGGACUGGACGAGUAUCUCGUUGGCGAGAAGCCAGCUCGAAUAAAGGAGCUCGGUAUGAAAGGGUGGGAACUCCGUUGCAAAGUUAUGGAAACCCAGUGGUGGUUGGAGCGCAAGAUCAAGCUCCGUGAGCAAUGGGGUUUGAGCCCCGUGAGAACUUAUUUCCCUGAAGAGAAGGAAGACACUGAAGGACAGCCAUUCAUGGUUGGCAUGUAUGGUGAAAAGCUACUGGAUGCAGCCGCGGCUGCUGAAGCCGGAUACACCGGUCUCAAGGAAGCCGAGCCAGAAUACGACCAAGACGGUAAUCCUAUUUCUCUACCGGAUCUGAUCGCUUACGAUGAAUCCGAGAAUGAGGAUAUGGAAGCUGCGAAGCCGGAGGAAGGUGAGCUGGUUGAUGUAGGCAAAAUUCCAGAGGAACCUGACUACAAGUACGUCAGUGGUAAGCUCAAACGGAAAGCCAUUUUGAAGGAAAGGAAGGCCAUCGCAGCUCAAGCAAAGGCGGCUCACAGAGCUCGCAAAGAAGCAGAAAGAAGUAUUGAGCAGAGAGCUCUGGCUGGAGAGAAAGGGUUGAGGUCAACUGAUUUGAAACAACACCUCGCUUAUCAGGAGAGAAAGGCUGCUCUUGAAAAGGCAAACAAGAUCCUCGCUACUACUACUACUACUACAGAUGCUUCGAACUCAUCAGCAAGACCCACAUUAUAGACCGCCUGCAGUGCGGAGUGUUGUACAAUAUUAUCAUUCCCAGCACAAGCCAUUCCUCGCAGCUGAGCGUUUGUUACCAUUAGUUCCUGAUCUGAACAUGAAAGCAAAACCAUACCUUCGAACAAUCGUACAUGCUGCCGAUGAUAAACGGUUUUCUCCAUGAGAUUGAAAAUACGUCGUCCAGACCUAGG